AGCGGUGGUAUGAUGACACGUAAAAAAAAUGGCGGCCUCUACGGUCAACAUGGAAAAUGUCAAAAAGUUGCUAGAGGACAGCCUUUCAAAACUCGGAUUUGAAGUCCACACGUUAAAGGUAGGUUGGUACAACUCUGUGUUGACCCCCAAGCUGCAACUGCCAUACCCGGAUGACUGCCUGGCCAUAGUGGUACUCAGCACUCCCUCUAUGUUUGAACAAGCCUUCUUUCCCUUCAUGGAGGAGAGAGGCUGCCAGGGGGUAUCAGACCCCAUUGACCAGUGUGUCAAGCACUGUGUCACCUCUGCUGUCUCACAGUGUUUUCCAGGACAGAAGGUGGAUGUGAGGUAUGACUACGAACUGCUGCCCAGCAGGAAGCCAAAGUUCUUAGCGCAGACGGCUGCUCACGUGUCAGGAGCAGCUUUCUACUACCAGCAGACUGAUGUUGCAGACCAUCCCUGGCAGAAUAAAAAGCUGUACGGCGUGUGUAUACAUCCCAGGUUGGGGGGCUGGUUCGCCAUCAGAGCUCUGCUGGUGUUUGAAGACGUCAAGGUGGACUCGGAUGUGGUCCAGCCUGCGCCUCCUGACUGUGUGCCUUCAAGGGAGGACAGGAUUCACCUCCUGGAGGCUUUCAACUUUAAUUGGCGGGACUGGAGCUACAGGAACAUAAUCACUCCCACUCAGACCUACUCCCAGAAACAGAGGGACUAUUUUGUCACUCCCCCCGCACAGCGAUACACUCUGCUCAGGAGUUGGGGUCUCCUGCCAAAGUUGGAUGAGCCAUCUGCCCCCGAAUGCAGCUCAGGUGAAUUCAGUCAGAUGAACGGACAUGGCUAAGCUCCCGUGAUGUUUUUUUCAUUCAGUGGUAUCUCACAGAGUCUAAAGAUAGGCACCAGGGUCAUUUUUAUUUUUCUUGCUUUCAACAUUUGACCUGAUCAUAACUGACUUUAUCUAUGCAUAGUUCACAACCUUAGCACAAGUUUGGAAGUCAUUUUUGUCGUUAUAUCACAGUUUAAUACUGGAAAAUUUUACAUUUAAAAUGGAAACACUCUAAAAAUAUAGUCGUCCCUCGUUUAUCGCGGAUAAUUGGUUCCAGACCGCGCUAAGUGAAUUUUUGCAAAGUAGGAUUCAGUAUUAAUAAAUGGAAUAUUUUUGUAGUUAGAGCAUAGAAAACCUUUUUACGACUUUCUAAAUGUUUUUAGAGCCCUGUAGAUAUGAAAUAACACCCCUACAGUCACCUGUACACUCCUAUUAUUCUUUGUUUACACCACAUUGCUGAUACAAAGGCAACAGAAUCACUCCAGGGACACAAGAGCCGGCCAUGGCUUUAAGGAUAGCAUGCUAGCGAGCUAACUAGUUAGCCUCCAAUUUAUGUAUUCUAAACUUUAGAAAGCGUUUCAAACUCUGUGGGGAAGAGGGAAAAUGUAAGAAGCAAAAAACGUACCACUUCCACACAAAAUGGGAGGAGAACUUUUUUUCCACUCCUAUGUCGGACAUGCCAUGGCUGACUACAUGCAAUGUGAAGGUAAUGUCAUGUACGGUAAUGUCUCAUCAAUGUUUUGUGUCAUUACUGACGCCGAGUGACCAGAAUACUACAUAUGACUCGUCUUUAAAUAUUUUUGACGAAUAAUGGGCCACAGUCAACCCAAAAUGGCGAUCAUUUAUAAAUUAAUUGAUUUUUCAAAAGCUACAAUAGAGUGAGGGAGCGAUAUCCAAACUGUGAUGUAGCUAGGGAUGACUACAUAAUAGUUGUUUAAAUGUUAAUGGCCAAGAGGCACCAAGGAAAGAGAUAAAGGAACUUCUUACUUAUUGAACUUGUCAUCAAACCUCAAAAUGGUCACAUAAUGGAAUCAAGGGUAUUGUUUUGGGUUUUUUUGUUUCAUAUUUUUGUUUUAAUGCUGGUACUAUAUGUGAUUCAUGGGAUCACUUUUUGGGGCAUUUUUUCUUGAAUUGAAAUGAGAGUAAAAAAUAAAGCUCUUACAAAAAUGUUUGACACUGGACGCAGGAUGAUGAAUUUAUUCAGGGUAUUCUAAAACGGAGAAUUAUAUUUAAAAAGGCAUAAAAAAUGUCUAAUUUAAAACGCUAGAUACAGGCUGAUGAAUUUAUCCGGGUUUUAAAAAAAAAUGCAAAAAAACUUCAAAUUCUAAAUAAUGAUACUAUAAUAUAAUAAAAUAAUGUAUAUUUAGCAAAAAUAUACAAAAAAAUACAUUUCACACUAUAUUUUUUAAUCAUUUAUUCUUUUUUAACCUCUUACACAAUAUAGUGGUGGAUAAGAACAGGGUGGAUCGUAGGCCGUUUGAGUUAAAUGGGCAUGUAAUUGUAGAGGUCAACAAUUCUGUGUAUUCCGGGUCAUGCAUUAACAGCAAGGGCACCAGUGCACCUGAGAUCAGGAGGAGUUUAGCAAUGGCAAGGGGUGCAGUGCAGAGAUUGGCUACUAUCUGGAGAAGUUGAGGGAUUAGUAUUGCUUUCAAGGUCCGUCUGCUACGCGGUAUCCUCUUUCCCAUCGCCACGUAUGGGAGUGAGUCAUGGACAAUGCUGAAGAGUGACAAAAAAAGGGUGGAUGCUUACGACAUGCAGUGCUACAGACGAAUUCUGAGGAUACCAUGGACAGCGAGAAGGACAAACAUCUGCGUGCUAAAUCAGAUAGGCGGCGGGCUUACGGUGCCCAAUUCCAUCAAGCAGUGCAAUCUGCGUUACUUCAGCCAUGUGAUGCGGAGUGAUGGACUUGAGAAGGUGAUAAUACCCGGCAAAGUCAACGGAUGUGGUUUAGAGACAUUAAGGAGUGGACUGACGCCAUUCUGGAGGCUACCAAAGGACAGCGAGGGAUGGAGGCAUAUUGAGAUGGCCACAGCAUUGCAUUAGGCGACCAACUGAGAAGAAGACACUCUUAUUAUACAGUCAUGUCUACAAGUUUUAGGAAUGACACAAAUAUUACUUUUCGCAAAGUCUGCUCCCUAAGUUUUUAUGAUGGCAAUUUGCAUAUACUCCAGAAUGUUAUAAAGAGUGAUAAGAUGAAUGGCAAUUCAUUGUAAAGUUACCCUUUUUGUCAUGAAAAUGAACUUAAUCCCCCAAAAAACAUUUCCACUGCAUUUCAAUCCUGCCACAAAAAGGACCAGCUGACAGCAUGUUAGUGAUUCUCUGGUUAACACAGGUGAUUGUUAACAAGGACGAAGACUGGAGAGGACUGUCAUGCUGACUGAGUGAGAAUAACAGACUUGAAGCUUUAAACGGAGGGUGGUGCUUGGUAAUGUUCUUCUUCUUCUAUUAACCAUGGUUACCUGCAAGGAAACACAUGCAGUCAUGAUUGCGUUGCACAAAAAGGACUUCAUAGGCAAGGAUAUUGCUGCUAGUAAGUUUGCACCUCAAUCAACCUUUUAUUAGAUCAUUAAGAACUUCCAGGAGAGAGGUUCAUUUUUUGAGAAGAAGGCAUCAGGUUGCUCAAAGUCCAGCAAGCGUCAGGACUGUCUCUGAAAGUUGAUUUGCUGUGGGAUCUGGGCACCAUCAGGGAUGCGCUUGCUCAGGAAUGCCAGCAAGCAGGUGUGAGUGCAUCUGCUCGGCCUGGUGUCAAGAGGGGUAGCAAAAAAAAGCCACUUCUCUCCCGGAAAAACAUCAGGGAUAGACUGGUAUUCUGCAAAAGAUACAUGUAUUGGACUCCUGAAGACUGGGGUAAAGUCAUUUUUUCUGAUGAAUCCCCUUUUCGAUUGUUUAGGGCACAUGUGUCAAACUCGUGCCCUGGAGAGCCGAGACGCUGCAGGUUUUCUCUCCAACCAG